AUGUCGGAUACAAAUACAGUUAAUACUUUGGAACGUCUUGCUAAUUUGCUCCGUAUUCAUAGUAUUCAAUCAACACAAGAAGCAAAUUCGGGUCAUCCAACUAGUUGUUCAUCAAUGGCUGAAAUAACAAGUGUACUUUUUUUUAAUGUUAUGCGUUAUGAUCCAAAGGAUCCACGUAAUCCAGCUGCUGAUCGUUUUGUUCUUUCUAAAGGACAUUGCGCUCCGAUACUUUAUGCUGCUUGGGCAGAAGCUGGUGCUUUUCCAGUAUCCGACUUAACCAAUUUACGAAAAAUUAAUUCUGAUCUUGAAGGUCAUCCAACACCCCGAUUAAAUUUUGUUGACGUUGCUACCGGUUCAUUAGGUCAAGGUUUAGGUUUUGCAUGUGGUAUGGCAUAUGCUGGAAAAUAUUUCGAUCAAUCUGAUUAUCGAGUUUAUUGUGUACUUGGUGAUGGUGAAUGCUCAGAAGGUAGUGUUUGGGAAUCAUUUGCAUUUGGUUCAUUUUAUAAACUUGAUAAUCUUUGUGCUAUCAUUGAUGUUAAUCGACUUGGACAAAGUGAUCCAGCACCAUUACAACAUGAUAUGGAAACAUAUCGUAAACGUGUUGAUGCAUUUGGAUGGCAUCCAAUUGUUGUUAAUGGACAAGAUGUUACUCAAUUACUUGCUGCUUUUAAAGAAGCAUCAGAAACAAAAGAUAAACCAACAUGUAUUCUAGCCAAAACAUUUAAAGGUAGUGGUUUAAAAGGUAUAGAAAAUGAAUUAGAUUGGCAUGGAAAACCAUUGGGUGAUAAAGCAAAUGAAAUAAUUGCUCAUUUAAGAGAAUUAGUUAAUGAAAAAACAUUAGUUCGACCACAAAUUUCAAAAAUUACUGCUAAAGUUGCAGAAAUUAAAAAGGAUAAAGAAAUUAAAUUAUCAUCACCACCAAAUUAUGAUGGCAAAAAAGAGGUAGCUACACGUCUUGCACAUGGUACUGCUCUUGAAAAAUUAGGCAAAGGUUGUGAAUAUGUUAUUGCAUUAGAUGGUGAUACGAAAAAUUCAACUUAUUCAAUUAAAUUUCGUGUAAGAUAUUUUAUUCAAAUAUUAAUAAGAAAUAUCGAGGAUCAGAAUCACAGGAAAGAGAAGUUACUGAAACUCGAACUAUGAAGAAAAAAAGUUGUCCCAACUGAAACUGAAAUCUUCUAU